GCUGUCUCUUUUUCUUUCACAUAUUUGCUGACAUCUCCAGAAAUAAGAAUCCACUAAGCAAAGGCUGCUUAUUGUUUAUUAUGUUCUACCUGUAUAUGUUGUUUUAUUCAUUACAUCUCCACAAGUAAGAUUUGCUACCUUUUCAUUUGAACUAAUAUUUCUUAUAUAGCAAUUUGCAAAUAUUGUGUUGCAUGAAUGAAAACCUCCCUUGUUUAUGUAAUAUACUCUAUAGCAGUGGAGGAAUGGCAAUGCUUAGCUUGAGAGGCAAGUGCAAGUGAUUUAUUAUCAAAACACGUAUGACCUGCAUGAAAAGACCCAUUGGGAACCUCCAGUCAAAAACGAAAACUUGGUCUAGAACUAUGACACACCAGGCAUCAUUCCUUAGAAGACAAAUGACUAUGGAUUCCCGUAUGAUUGUAUCAACUUUUCUUAUUGUAUUUGGUCUCUGCAUGCUGACUGAGAAGACUCAUGGGAGUUUUGUUCAUUUUUUCUCACACAGUGAUGUUUGUCAUAUGCAGAAGGGGGGACCAUGCCAUAAACGUGUACAACAAAGAUCAGAAGAAGGUGAUCUGCGAAAUGUAGGAGGUCUGGAAGAAGAUGUUUUAAAGAUAAAAGCCCCUGUGGAGAUCGAAGUAAGACUGGACUCUCAGCAAAUUGAAAAUUAUCAAAACGAUGUAGAGGACAUGUUUAGAGGUGAACCUCAAAAGUCUUAAGAUGCCAUGAAGUUACCUGAAUGUUUAUAUAAGAAACUAUAUUCAUGCUUAUCACUAUGGCUAUGCAGCACUAAUAAAGCAGCUAUCAUAAAAUGUGCAUAAAUGUUCUAAAAUCAUUUUGUUAAGUAUUGAAUAAAUAAAAUGAACUUCAGUUCUAUAU